AUGGCUGUCAAUAUUCCAGGUCUGGUAAUGAUGGUGAUAUUCUACUUGCUGGUGCUGGGAAUUGGCAUCAUGGCAUCUGUAAAGACUAAGAAGCUGGAAAAAGAUGCCCAGGGUGGCCAGAUGGAAGUUGCCUUUUUAGCUAACCGGGGGGUCAACUUGGCAGUGGGUAUUUUCACAAUGUCAGCCACAUGGGUUGGAGGUGCCUUUAUCAUUGGUGUUGCAGAGACAGUGUACAGUCCCAACAAAGGACUGCUCUGGGCUCUUAUCCCCCUGCAAAUAUCAUUCUCAUUUGUUAUAGGUGGGCUAUUCUUCACCAAGCCAAUGAGGGACAACAAUUAUAUCACUAUGAUGGGUCCUUUUGAGCACAAGUAUGGAAAAGUACUGACUGGGCUCUUUUCCAUUAUUCCACUAUUAACUGAAGUCCUGUGGGCUCCUUCCACACUGAUUUCUUUGGGGGCAACCAUGAGCGUGGUUUUGGAUUUGCCCUUCAGUCUCUGUGUAUGGAUCUCUGCUACAGUGGCUAUCAUCUACACUGUUCUUGGAGGUCUCUAUUCAGUUGCUUACACUGAUAUCAUCCAGCUCUGUCUGGUGUUUUCUAGCUUGUGGCUGUGCAUCCCCUUUGUUCUGACAAGUGAUGUUUACACUGAUAUCACGAAAACAGCGUUCAACCAAACAUAUCAGGCACCCUGGAUUGGCAAGAUUGAGUCUGAUGACAUCUGGAGGUGGAUCGAUCAGUUUCUGGUGAUGAGUGUGGGGAAUUUGGCAACUCAAGACUUUCAUCAAAGGACGCUCUCGUCCAGCUCAACCUCCACAGCCAGGAUCAUCUGUUUCGCUGCAGCGGGUGUUGUCAUCAUUCUUGGAAUUCCUCCGAUAUUGAUUGGUGCCGUUGCAGCUUCAACAGACUGGAAUUUGACAUCAUACGGUUCUCCCACUCCAUUUGAGCGAGGCCACACGGCUAUGAUACUGCCCAUCACUCUUCAGCAUCUGACCCCGACUUACGUCUUCGCUUUUGGCAUUGGAGCGAUUGCCGCCGCCGCGAUGUCAUCAGCUGACUCUUUCCUGUUGUCGGCCAGCUCCAUCUUCACCAAAAACAUCUACACGCUCAUCAGGAGUCAGGCAUCAAAUAAGGAGCUGCAGUGGGUGAUCCGUGUCUCCGUGGUGGUUGUAGGACUUUUCGGCACAUCUCUCUCCGCCCUGGAAAACAGCGUCAUGGUGUUCUGGAUCCUCGCCUCGGACCUGACUUACACCGUCCUUCUCCCUCAGCUGAUUUGCGUCCUCUAUUUGGAGAUAUCCAAUGGCUACGGGGCCAUCAUGGGCUACUUUGUUGCACUGCUGAUGAGAGUGUUGUGUGGAGAGCCGUUGUUAGGCAUCCCCGUCAUCCUCCAAUUCCCAGGCUGCACUCUGGAAAAUGGGGUUUAUAUUCAGCAUUGGCCCAUCAAGACCAUCUGCAUGCUCUCUGGUCUACUCUCCAUUUUCGUGUUUUCCCUCGUGGCCUCACACCUGUUCAACAAGGGGAUCCUUCCUGAGGAGUGGGACGUGUUCAAGGUGAAAUUCCAGGAAGCACCGACACCGCUGGAUGACAUCAACGAGGAGGCGGUCAAAGAGGAGGCACUCGCUCCAAAUGAAAAUGGCAGCUCUGUGUUGGAGCCAAUGCUGGACACAAGGUGCUAA